AUUGAUGGAGAUACUGUUUACCUGAUAUAACUACCUGCCUAAUAUGCAAAAAAAAAAAAAAAAAGCAAAUUAUUGUGCAAUGUGUAUUUGAACAUCUUUUAUCUUAAUGUGCAAUAAUUUAAAAGCUAUUUGAACUGCAGCACCCCAUCUGUUAGAUCAACAAAGUUAACUUUUGUCUCUUGCUGCUGUUGUCCUACUAACAGGCGCAUUAAUACAGAGAUAAUGUAAUUUACAUCACUUGCUACUGGUUAUAAUGUGGGACAGGUUUAUGUGUGAGUCAUAUGCUUCCUUAAAGUCAGGCUUAACUGUUAAAUACUUCCAUUUGCAUGCAGGCACUGGCAGGAUCUAGGUUAUCUGAUCAUCUACAUCACAGGCCGCCCUGAUAUGCAGAAGCAGCGUGUGGUAUCAUGGCUGUCGCAGCACAAUUUUCCUCAUGGGAUGAUCUUCUUCUCUGAAGGCCUCGUUCAUGACCCCCUGCGGCAAAAGACCAUCUUUCUCAGAAACCUCAUACAGGAGUGUCACAUUAAGAUAAACUCUUCUUAUGGAUCGAUGAAAGACAUAUCCGUUUACAACAUGCUUGGCCUAAGUCCAUCACAAAUUUACAUUGUUGGACGACCAUCAAAGAAAUACCAAAACCAGUGCCAGUUCCUGAGUGAAGGUUAUGCCGCUCACCUCUCUACCCUUCAGUUUGGGCAUCGAGCCAGGCCCAAGAAAUCCCCUUCAGUCCGCAUGGUUCUUAGGAAAGGCUCUUUUGGACUCUCGGCUAAACCAGACUUUCUGUGUAAGCGGACCCAUCUGCGUAGGACCAUGUCCGUGCAGCAGCCAGACCCUCCCUGUGCAGCCAACCCCAAACCAGAACGGGCCCAGAGCCAGCCUGAAUCAGACAAAGACCAUGGGGGAGCAGGAGGAGCAGGUCCAGGAGGAGCAGGGGGGCACGGGGCCUGGGGACGAGCCUCUAUGCACCGAGGAGACACCACUCCAUAA